AUGAAUGCUGAUUUUCUUAUUAUUGGUGGAGGCAUCAUAGGACUGAGCAUGGCUCGGGUGAUGUCUCAGUCCGGAAAAGUUGUCCUUAUAGAAAAAGACUUUUGUGGAGCUCAUGCAAGUGGCCGUAACAGCGCAGUGGUCCAUGCAGGAAUUUAUUAUCCUAAUGGCUCAUCAAAAGCUCUCCAUUCAGUUAAGGGAAAUGCCCUUAUCACUGAAUAUUGCAAAUCCCACGGUAUCAAAAUUCAAAAUAUCGGGAAAAUCAUUGCGCCAGCCAACGAUCAAGAAGCAGAAGAACUUAAAAGCCUAUAUGACAGAGGGAUUAAAAAUGGUGCACCAUUAAAACUAAUAGACUACCAUGAAGCUAAAUCUAUUGAGCCUAGAAUAAUCCCACAGCAAAGGUAUAUUUGGUCUCCUUCUACUUCUAUAGCAGACAAUAAAGGAGUUAUUAAAGCUUUGAAACAGGAAUGUGAAGAAAAGGGGGUAAAAAUCGUUGAAGGCUGCAAGUUUUUAUCAAAAGCUGAUAAUUUAAGCACAACUAUAGUAGAAACGUCAAAAUUCCCAAUUGAAGCGAAGUUUGUGAUAAAUUGUGCAGGGAUGUACGUUGAUAAAAUUGCGAAACAGUUUGGAUUUGGCCUGAAUUAUGAAAUUCUGCCAAUUAUUGGGCUUUAUCUGGAUGGAAAUCCAGGGAUUAAAGGUUUUAAUACACUAAUAUACCCAUGCCCUUCUCCAGAUUUAGGACUAGGUGUCCAUACGACAAACACUGUACAUGGGGUUUAUAAGUUAGGCCCAACCGCUACUCCUGCCCUAUGGAGAGAACAAUACGCAUGAAACCAUGGCUUCAGUUUGAGCGAAGUACUGUCAUCUUCUAAUUUAUAUUUGAGGUGCCUUUUCUCAAAAAAUUGGAAAAUGUAUAUUAAGCUGUUCCUGAGAGAAGCUAGGAAAUACCAAAAAAGUAAUAUAGUCGCAGAUUGCAACAAAUUAGUUAGUGGGGUGGUAAGAGAAGACUAUAAGCACUGGGGGAUUCCAGCAAUGUUUCCACAAUUAGUUGAUAAAAGAACUUAUACCUUUGUAGACGAUUUUGCUGUUGAAGGAGAUGAGAAAUCAAUUCACUUUUUAAAUAUUGUUUCUCCUGGUUGGACGAGUUCACUUUCUUUUACUCAAGAAAUCAGUAAAAGAAUUCUUACUCCCCCCCCCCCCCCCUCCGUGAGCGAACAAAAAAAUUUUGUUCGCUCACGGAGGGGGGUUAUUUUUUUUUUUAAAAAAAAUUUAUAUAUAAAUUUUAUAAACAAUAUUUUUUUCGAAAAUUUAAAAAAAUCCUAAUUUGCAAAAAUUGGGAAGCAAAUAUUAAUUUAAUUUGCAAAAUUUAUGUUUUAAAACGCAAUUUGUUUAAAAUUAAACAGAAUUAGCUCUAGAUUUCAUUAUACUAAUUAUCACUUAUAUAUCAAAAUUUUUUUUCCAUUAAAAUUUUUUCUAUUAAACAAAUUUUUGUUCACUCACGGAGGGUGGGUUUUUUUGGUCAAAAAAUGGCGAUUUUUUCUAAUGGUUUUGUUCGCUCACGAGGGGGGGGGGGGGGAGUUAAGUAA